AUGAAUGGGGCAGAUGGACACUUUAAUUUGAUAAUGGUUUAAAGGAAUUUAUACUUCAAUAAUGGGUUGAAGUUAAUGAGUGAAGGUGAUUUUGCAGGAGCGCAGUUAUAUUUCAAGAAGAUAUUGCAAAAUAUUAGCGGUGAUUUGCAAGCAUAAUUUUAAUUAGCUAGAUGCUAUUAAUUUUGUGAAAAUUACUAAGCAGCUCUUUUAGCCUAUGAAGAUGUAUUCAAAAGGAAUAUGAAAGAUCCGCGUCCCGUCUAUUAGUAGGCUUAUAUCCACGAAAAAAACUAUUAGCUCGAUUUAGCGAUUAAAUAUUACGAAAAAGCUGCCAAAAUACUUUAAAAUAAUAUAAGCGAAUUCAAAAAUGAUAAUAAAAUUUAUAUCAUUUACUUCACACUUGGACUCAAAUAUGAGCAGAAAAAUGAAAUAGAAAAAGCUAAACAAGCCUUUUAAACUUUCAUUCAAUUUAAAAACAUUUCUGAUAAAGCAAGGCAGUUGGCUAACAAGAAAUUAAUAGACCUUGCUAAUAAAUAUUUGGAAGGAUCUUAGACUUAAUAAUACAAGUCUAAAAUGAAUCAGGUAGUAAGACAGCAACAGUAGCACCCUUCAUAUAUUAAAUAUUAGUAAAGCAUGAAAGAAGAAGAAGAAAAAAAUAAAGCUUAUAACAUGGUAAUGCAGCUUGAAAUAGCAAAAUCAUCGAAUCUAUAUCAGCUAAAUCUUUAAUAAAUCAAAGAAGAUAGUGAAAAUAAAAAAGAGCAAAGAAAACCUGGAGAUUCAAACAUUAGUAGCUAGACAUCAACUGCUGACAAACACCCAUCAAUUAACUAAGCCUAAAAUCAUGUUGAUGACAAUUCCUUUAAUUUUAAAAUUAACUCACAGUAAGAUUUCAAAUUUAUAACAACAAACUAUAACCAACUCAAUAUCAACAAUAUAAGUUUACCUCAUUAAAACAAUAUAAAUACUACAACUCAUAAUAAUAACAAUAAUAUUGCAUAAAACACUCACUAAUAAAAAAAUUUUCCUCCUUAAUAAAUUCAAAGCAACUCUAAAAUAAACUCCACAAAUUAAUAAAAUAGUUCUCAUUAGCAGCAGCAAUAAAAUCAAAAUAAUGCCAACCAAAUCAAAUAUUAGCAGUUUUAGUAGAUUUAGCAGAUUAUUAUUACUUCUGACAAAUUAAUGCAGCCAUCUUAAUCUUAAAGCUAAGACAUAAAUGGUGCUAAAAACUUUGUAAAUUUUCCUCAUACUAGCGCAGAUAUAAAAGAAAUCUAUUAAUAAAGAAAAAAUCGUUUGACUUUCGAUCCUUCCUCUUCAACCAAAGAUAUGUUCGCAAGCAAUAAUUCAUAAAAUACAUAGCAACAGAAUGCACAAAAUAACCAAAAAAAUAAUUUAGACCAAAACAUACUAUAUGAAGAUGAUUAUGAAGAAAUUUUAAAUGAAGAAGAUAUGAUACCAGACGAAAAAGACAUCAAAAAGAAAAAAUCAUCAUAUAAAUACUUACAUCCUAUUGAAGAUGACUAAGAGGAAUCUGAUGAUGAUGAUAUCCCUAGCGAAAAAGAAGGCAAAACUAUGCAAAAUAAGUCAAGCUUUACCAAUCCUAAUUAAAUAAAAAAUAUAUUCAUGAAAUCUUUUAUUGACGUUGCUUAGAAAUCUAAUUCAAAAAGCAGGAUUAGUGGAUAGUCUCAUUUAUCUAAUUCCCGCUUUUCUGUUUUGCAAGAUUAGAGUGCUUUACUUAAAAAAAAUAAUGUUUCUUGA